AAAAUAAAAUCCAAUCUCAAUCAGGAGCCCGAUCAAAGGAGUUGUCGGUGAGUUUCGUCUUUCACUCAGGAACCCUAGCUCCCCGGUUCUUCCCCAAACAGAACCGCCAAAAAAACCCUAAUUUUUGUUUUUGUUUAAUAUUUAAAAUCUUUAUUUCCACCAUGGCCAAAAAGCGAAAGCAACGAUCUUCUGAACCCGAACCCACCAAAAUAACCCCGAAUCCUCAAGCAAUCCAAGGAGAGGAGCAGCGACAACCCGAAUACGUACCCGAAGAAGAUCGGAACCCGAAAAUAGAAGAGCAACUACAAGAAGUGGAGGAGGAAGUAGAAGAAGAGGUGGAAGAGGAAAUUGAAGAAGAAGUAGAAGAAGAAGAGGAAGAGGAAGAAGAAGAGAACGAAGAAGACGAUGAUGAAGACGAUGAAAACCAAACCCUAAUUGGCUCCUCCAACGCCGCUGUUCAAAAUGGAGCACCCAAAGAGACGAGUCUGGAAGAGGAAUUGGACGACGAGCCGUUCGAGAAACUACUAGAACCGUUCGGGAAGGAUCAAUUGAUUACCCUAAUUAAGAAAGCGGUCGAGAAGAACCCGGAAUUCAUCUCGUCGGUUCGGGAGUUUGCGGAUGCGGACCCGGCUCAUCGAAAGAUCUUCGUUCAUGGGCUCAGUUGGGAUACCACUGCUGAAACCCUCACCGCCGAGUUUUCUAAAUAUGGGGAAAUCGAAGAAUGCAAGGCGGUCACUGAUAGGGUUUCUGGUAAAUCUAAAGGUUACGCCUUUAUUCUAUUUAAGCAUCGGAGUGGUGCACGCCGGGCUUUGAAACAGCCCCAGAAGAAGAUUGGGAAUAGAACUACUUCUUGCCAGUUGGCUUCGCAAGGACCUGUUCCGGCACCGCCUCCAACUGCUCCGCCUGUUUCUGAGUAUACUCAGAGGAAGAUUUUUGUUAGUAAUGUGUCAACUGAAUUGGACCCGGAGAAGUUGCUUGAGUUUUUUAAACAGUACGGGGAAGUUGAGGAAGGUCCGUUGGGCCUUGAUAAGCACACAGGGAAACCUAAAGGGUUUGCCCUUUUUGUAUACAGGACGAUUGAGAGUGCAAGAAAGGCAUUAGAGGAGCCUCAUAAGAAUUUUGAAGGUCAUGUAUUGCAUUGCCAGAAGGCCAUCGAUGGGCCGAAACCGACUAAGGGUGGUUAUGGAGGAGGUGCUUCUGGUGGGCAUCAUCAACAGUACCAGCAGCAUCAGCAAGGACAACAUCAGAUUCAGUCUCAUUACCAUCAUGCUAAGAAAGGAAAAUAUUCGUCUGGUGGAUCAGAGACUGGUCAUCUGAUGGCCCCAUCUGGGCCUGCUGCAGUGGGGUUCAACCCCGGGGUGGCUGCUGCUGCGUUUAACCCCGGGGUGGCUGCUGCUGCACCGGCUUUAAACCCAGCGCUUGGACAGGCUUUAACUGCAUUGCUUGCUACUCAGGGUGCUGGUUUGGGGCUUGGUAAUCUGCUAGGAGGGCUUAGUGGUGCGCCUGUGAACCAGGGAGCACCUGCUGCAGGGUAUGGGAAUCAGGUUGCAGGAGGCUAUGGGAACCAGAUGGGAGUGCAGGGUGGCUAUCAGAACCCACCGAUGGGGCAGGGCGGUGGUGGUAGGACCCAACCUGGUGGUGGUGCUUCUUACAUGGGACAUUAGAUUCUCUCAUAGAUGCAUCAAUCAUUUUGUUUUCGACUCUGGUGAUUCUGAAGUUCCAGGCACUCAUGCAAACGUGGUCUUUAAAUUUGUAACCAAACGCUGUUAUUAUUUGCCUCCUAUAAAAGAUCAGAAAUCUCAAACCUGUAUUUUCAUUUCUAUUUUAGUAAUCUUUCUCCUUCACGUGUUUUCAAAAAGAUGUACUGGCUUGAAGAUUUGUUUCUUGAAAAGUGUUGGGGAACAGGUAGAAUUUCCAGGCAGAGGACACAAUGCCUUUUCAGGUUUUCAAGUGUGCUACUCAAACUAUGCCUUUUCGUACUUUUUCCUUAAAUUGACUGAUGUUUUAUGUGACUCUAUUUCUUAUGUGAAGCAUAAUGUUCUUAAUUUAGUUUUAUGUGAGAACUUUUUCCUGGGUGUUGUUACAUCUCUUGUUUUCAU